AAGAGAUCUCUCUAAAGUUGAGACCAAGGAGCCAUUUGGAGCAAUCCCUAAGGGGAAUCGGGCUUCCAUUUAUAGCACGGACCUAUUGUAAAUGUGUAGAAGCAGCACUAAUGCUUCAAAUCCGCAUUGGAUUUGGGGAAAAUUCGGUGUUUUUGUUGGGACAGCUUGCGUGAUUUUGGGAGACAUUUAAAGACAUGGCUACAGUAAACUUCUUGCUGAAGCACUUGACCAGUUGGUCCCUGGCUAUUUCACUACCAUUUCAAGUUUAUUAUUGUGCUAUUGUGGGAAUAUAAACAAUGCAGAGGCAAGCUGAUCAAGUGAAACGCCGUUCAAACACCAAUCCUUCCCUCCGAAUUAGGAAUGUGGAUAUUGCCAGGGGAAGAACUGGAUAUGGAUUCACGCUUUCUGGCCAAUCUCCCUGUGUCCUUAGCUGCAUUCUGAAAGGAAGUCCAGCACAUUAUGUUGGGCUUCGAUCUGGCGAUCGCAUACUUAAUGUUAAUGACAUCAAUGUCUGUAAAGCUUCUCAUGAAGAUGUUGUAAAAUUGAUAGGACAGUGCUCAGGCGUACUACGACUUGUCAUUGCUGAGAGUAGUAACCAUUCUGAUACAGGUUCUAGUGAUGAGGAACUUUAUUUCAAUGAAGGCAAAGUGGCUUGGAUGAACAGUAAACCGAAGUCAAAAUUGAUGGGUCUAAACAGAGCUGAAAAAGUGGUUGCUGAUGUCCAGUCAGGUGGCAUUUUUAAGAUGCUUUUUGACAAUUCCAAUAAUUCUGCCAAAUGUGGCAAGACCUGUAUACAACAACAAGGACAAUUGACUGAAAAAGCCAGUGGAUUUCCAACCAGAUCUAGGACUGCAAAAACAAACCAGAAUUCACUUUCUGAAGAAGAAGUAAUGAAGGUGUUGAAUGAUGACUCUGUUUUUGUCAAUGGCCUUGAAAACCAAGAAGGUUUUGUUUUAGAUGCUAGCAUUUUGAAUGUUGGAAUGGUAGUAGGCUACUUGGGUUCCAUUGAAUUGCCUUCAACAAGUUCAAAUCUGGAAAAUGAUAGUUUACAGGCCAUCCGUGGCUGCAUGCGACGUCUGCGUGCUGAGCAGAAGAUUCAUUCCCUUGUCCUAAUGAAGAUAAUGCAUGACUGCAUUAAGUUAUUCAAUGACAAAAAUAUUGUUUUAGCUGUGUAUCCUGCAGAAAAACUGGCCUUCAGUGCUGUGUGCCCAGAUGACCGAAGAUUCUUUGGAUUGGUCACCAUGCAAAUGUUUGAUGACCACAGCCUUGCUAGUGAAAAUGAUGGUGGGCUGAGGACCUCAUGUCAUGUCUUCAUGGUAGAUCCAGAUCUCUGUCAGCACAAAAUUCAUCAGGGUAUUGCCAGGCGAUUUAGUAUUGAGUGCACUCCAGAUACUGGUGGCUGCUUGGAGUUUCCCCCUUCCUCUCAGCCUGUUCUUCAGUUUGUGUCUGUGUUGUACAAGGACAUGGGGGAGUCAUUUGAAAGUGUGCGUGCCAGAGCUUUUCUCGAUGGGGACCUAUCUGACAGUCAGCAGAACAAUAGUACUGGCAGUAACAGUGAUAGUGGAAUUGGAUACUAUAGCCAGGAGGAAAAGAAUAACAGAGUUUUAGUUGUUGACCUGGGUACCAAUUCAAACAAACAUGCCCCCCAUGGUGCCUGGGGUAAUGUCCAAACUAAAGGACAGAUGCAGGGUACUUCUCAGUGGAAUGGUUGUCGUCCUGACAUGGAAGGCAAAUUCCAUGCAUCCCGACUUUCAGAUUUGGCACAAGCUGAUUGUACUUUGCAUAACGGUAGCAGACAUCUCAGUCCUUCUGCUCGGCUUGAUGUUCCAGGAACGUCUCCGUGGUCUAUGUUUACUUCAGCUAAGAAAUCCGAUAUAGUGAACAGUACUCCUUCUGCAACUCCGAGAUGGCUUCCGCUUCACAUUCGUAAGGACUGGCAGUACUGUAGCAGCAGUGAUCAGGAAUCCUAUGCAGAAUCCACAGAUGGACUGUCCAGUGUGAAUUGUAGUACACUGAAGCAGGAUCUUCCCCCUCCAAUGAGCAAGAUUCAGACAGAAAAAUAUCGAGUUGGUAGUGGUUUAGGCCAGCCUUUUUGCAGUGCAGCUCAGAAGAAUGAACUGACAAGUAAAUUGUUUGGAAUUGAAAAAAUGUUUGGGAUACAACAAAAUAACAAGAAAAGCAAAGACAAAAAGGGCACAAAGUUUUCUGGGAAUUCAGUUGGAUUCCCUCAAGCUCCCCAGCGUUCUUCUGUUCGGCGAUCGUAUGGGAGAUCGAAGCGUUUCAGUAUAACCCGGUCCUUGGAUGAUUUAGAGACAGCGGCUGUCUCCGAUGGAGAGUUAAACAGUGCAGACCUGAAGAACUACAACAGUGAGAACAGCAUUAACAGCAAUGCCAGUCUUCCCAGUGUCCAGAGCUGCAGAAAACAUGUGGAACGGCAGGUAGCUAGUUGGGCUGUUUGCUUUGAACGUCUCCUGCAAGACCCAGUUGGCAUCAGAUACUUCUCGGAGUUCCUUAAGAAAGAAUUCAGUGAAGAAAAUAUUUUGUUCUGGCAGAACUGUGAGUACUUCAGUCAAAUCCCUAAGAAUGACAAGAAACAGCUUCUGUAUAGAGCUCGGGAAAUCUACAACAACUUUUUAUCCAACAAGGCAAAUACUCCUGUCAAUAUCGAUAGCCAGGCACAGUUAGCUGAUGAUAUUAUUAAUGCACCACACCCAGAUAUGUUUAAAGAACAACAACUGCAGAUUUUUAACCUGAUGAAGUUUGACAGCUACACUCGCUUUCUGAAAUCAACACUGUACCAAGAAUGCAUGUUGGCAGAAGUGGAAGGUCGCUCCCUACCUGAUCCUUGUCAGGUACCAUGCAGUCCUGCAUCAAGGCACAGCACCACUUCAGACCAAUCUACCCCAAACAAAUCCAGUACAAGGAUUAAAUCGUCCAGAUUGUUACCCAUUGAGCUUGAAGAUGAUAAUGGCAACAAGAAGAGGGGAACAUUUUUCUCCUGGUCACGGAGGAGCCUGGGAAGAACUCAAAAGAGAAAAGAGAAUGGCGAUUCACAUGCUGACCUUUCUGAAAGUAAUGGACUGUCUCAGUGGCAUCGUGAAUCAUUUGGCUCUAUGUCAUCUUCCACCAGCACAGAGGGGAUGGCUUCUAGCUGUCCAAGAAACAACAAACAAGAGAACGUUUCUGCAAAAGUACCUGUGACUGAGAGAGAAAAACGUUCAAAACACUGCACCGUGAGUCUGCCGGAUGGUUCCUUGCAUACAGUUACGAUCCAAACCGGUAUUUCUAUUAGAGAACUGUUGACAGAGCUCUGUGAGAGGUUACAAAUUCAGUUGGCUGCCGUAGAUCUUUUUCUGGUUGGAGGUGACAAGCCUCUUGUACUUGAUCAAGACUGCAACACAUUGAACUCACGAGAGAUUCGAUUAGAAAAGCGUACACUAUUUCGGUUGGACCUUGUUCCUAUAAAUAGAUCAGUCGGCUUAAAGGCCAAACCUACCAAACCAGUGACAGAAGUGCUGCGGCCGGUGGUGGCUAAAUACGGCUUAAAUCUUAGUGAUCUAGUGGCUAGAAUUAAUGGGGAAUCAGAAGCUUUAGAUCUUGGAGUUCCUAUCUCUAAUCUGGAUGGACAGCGUGUUGUUCUGGAUAUUGCAGAGCAUGUUCCUGAAAAAGACAGAGAGAAGAUUACAGGAGGGAAAUCGGGCUCUUCCAACAUUAGCACACACCAUGGUGUGAAGGAAGAUGGAAGACCUGCGGAAAAAGCCUCUUCAGUCAGAGGAAAUGGAAAAUAUUCCAAAGAUGUGCGGCCUUCAAAAAAUGAUGUAGUGCAAACGACAAACAGAAAGAGACAGCCAAAGCUAAACAUGGAUGAAGUAGAAGAGUUUUUUGACCUUCUAUCAAAAGCUCAGAGUAAUAGAGUGAAUGACCAGCGUGGGCUUCUGAACAAAGAAGAUCUUGUACUUCCAGAUUUUCUACGCCUCAAGCCACCUGUACCUGAACCUGGCUCCUCCACCCCUGCAGCUGGUAAAGGAAAUGGUAGGAAGAGGGAAGAAAAAAGCCAAACAGUGCAAAGGAGUGUGACGUCAACAGAACAGUUUGAUAAAUUAGAGUAUAUGGACUCCGGAGCAGCUAUCUCAUCCGCAGUGAAUUUCAAUGAGAACUCCAACAACAUGAAAGUCAAGUCAACAACUCAACACGAUAACAGUCAUCGGCCUGUGGUAAUGCCACCUAAUUAUGUAGAGCCAGUUACAAAGCAGACAAAUGAUGCACCUUUCCAUGUGCCAGUAUCUCCUAUUCCUCAUGUCAAUGAACAAAGGUGGGAAAAGCGGUCUGAAGUCCAGCAGUCAGAAACUGUACCACCUUAUGAGGAUGAAAAUGCAUUUGAUUUGACUCUGGUGGCAGAAGGUGACAUCAAUAGUCCAAACAGUACACUAUUACCGCCCCCACCAACACCACCGUCCACUGUCAGUAAACUGGAGAUAGCUAACUAUACUCCACCAACUCCCUACACAGAUGGUCAGGAGAACUCUUCACACUGCAGAUCCACUUCAGAUUCGAUGAAUGAAAGGGGAAAAGUUGCUUGGAAGAAGCCUGCUUACUUUGGACAGAAUCCGAACACUCAAACAAGUGUAAACAGGACUGCUGUGGCUGCUGAUGCCAACCACUCCCAUGUAACACUUCCUAUAAACAAGAUUAUUGACAUCGAUGGAGUGAAAUCAGAAGACACCAGGACGGAAACUGACGAGUCAGAUGGGAACCUGAGUUUUGAAGGCUACAUUUCUGAACUGAAAAGUUGCCAAGGGAGAAUGCGCACUGGAGUUUAUCGGAUGUCGGAGUUGCCAUCGCUGAUAACAGUGAAGAGUGACAGGAGUAAGACAUUAGAGGCACAGCAUAAGGCUACAUUUGUCUGAAUGUUAGUCAUGUAUUUUCCUUAAGAAGGGUCACAGAAAUGUUGGUCUGAAGUAAUAUUUGGAAAAUUGUGAUUCAAGACAGUAAUUUAUUGCUAAAAACAAAAUAAUUAAUGUGCACAAUUUAGUUAUCCCCAACUCCGUACCUCUUGCGUUAGUUGGGGAAUGUGGAACAAAAACUUACUCACAUUAAAAUUGACAAUUUGGAGAGGUAUGGGGCAAUGAUGCUGGAUUAAUGUCAUCAAUUCUAGAAUUUAAGUGUAGUUGCUAAAAGUAAAGAAAUGAAGUGUUGGCAUUUUUUCUGUAGCAACCUGUUUACACUUAACAGUCAAAUUGAUGGGUUAACAAAAUUUCUUUGAGAUCAUUUUGAAUGAAUGCAGUUAAGUAAGUCUGGCCAAUGCCUUUUCUUUUGAAUAUGUUCUGAUGAUAUAUCCUUGCUAAGGAUGACGGCAUAACUGGAAAUAAAUGAAUGCUAAUAUAGAUUGAUAAAUGAUAGAUAGACAGACAGGAGUUCAUUCAUUUGUGCUUUCAUCCUCUUCUCUUGAGGUUGAUUGUCAUGGAUUUGCACAACCUACGCUGCCCUUACACAUUCCAAAUGGAUCAACUGCAUCCAGUCCAUUAAAUCUGUCAGCCAUUUUCUCACCUUCUAUAUUUCUGUUGAUCUUUCCCUCCAGUGGCCCCAUGAUUCAUUAUGGCCAUUAAAAUAUGGCAGAGAGUUACAGGUCACAGCAAUGGGCUGUCCACCAGCUAGAGUGAUGGUGAUGACCCCACUGUAGCCACUUCUGUAAGCCCCACUGGGAUUCGAUGCUGAUCAAUGAGUGGUUACUUUCCUCUGAAGGGUCCCCUCCUGAUACUUCAGGUUAAACUAACGGUUAGUGAGGUGAGGGGGCUGCUGGUUUCAUGGGUAGCACAACCAGCAAACCCAGGCCAGUUCCACUAUUGAACUUGUGUGUCUGACAUGGUACAAAAACAUUCAGCAUCCGAUCAAAUGACCCAGCAUCAGGAAGGGAGGGUGGGAGUGAGGUACCCUGAGAGCCAAUACUUUGCAUUGUUUCUGGCUCCCACUCCGUCGCAAACUCCUCCCACCUAUGGCAUGGAGCCCAGCCACAAUAAUGGGCCUCAGGUGGUGUCCUUCUGGCACGUCUUGGUGGGUAAGCACCCUUGCUCCAAGGAAGGCCCAUUGUUGUCCACUUGGAUGCCUGUGUGGCACUUAAUUUGGUGGACCUCCCCAAAAAAGAUGAUUUACAGCUCCCCCAAGCUCUCCGUCCUGAGGGCAAGAACUCUGUCAUCAUCGUUAAACAUAGAAAAGAAGAGCAGGAGUAAGCCAUUUGGACUUUGAGCCUGCUGUGUCAUUUAAUAUGGUCAUGGCCAAUCAUCCAUUUCAGUAGCCCCUGUUCCCACUUUCUCCCCAUAAUCAUUGAUUCCUUUUGACCUAAGAACUACAUGUAACUUCUUCUGGAAAACAUUCACUGUUUUAGAAUCAUAGAACCCCUUCAGUGCUGAAAGAGGCCAUCGUCCAUCGAGUUUGCGUUGACCCUCUGAAGAGCACCCGU